AUGGAGCUGCCUGUAAAUUCUCCCUAUGCACCACCAAAAUAUGUCAUGCUCUCAGGGAAUAAUGAUAACCAAGGCAACCUCAGGCCCCCUCCUUAUCACCGUAACAUUCCUCGGUACCAUUCCAAAAAGUCACGCGGUAGUUGUCUCUUUAAGUGCAUAUGUUGCUGCUAUUGCUGUCUCUUCCUCCUCACUGCCCUCUUCCUUGGCCUCACUUUCUUGCUCUACAACAUGUACAGGCCCAAAGUUCCAUCCUACAAUGUUGAUAGCUUCGGUGUUCAUGCUUUUGAACUCCAAUCUGAUAUGAGCCUCUUCACCGAAUUCGCUGUGGUUGUAAAAGCUGAGAACCCAAAUUCAUAUAUGGGUUUCCUAUAUGGCAAAGACAGUCAGGUUAACGUGUCCUACUCGGACUCUCAGCUUUGUUCUGGGAAAAUACCAAGUUUUUAUCAACCAAAAAAGAAUACAACAAUGAUAAGUAUUGCGUUAAAAGGCACUAGUCCAUUUGGGUCAGGGCUACAACAAGCCCUUUUGGAAAACAGGCAUACAGGGAAGAUACCUUUGCUUGUGAGAGUGAAGGCACCAAUUAACGUUGUGCUGGGACGUUUUCCAUUGAAGGGGUUUGAUGUCUAUGUAAACUGCUCCUUGGUCAUCGAUAACUUGUCACCCAACAAGAAAGUUGAGAUUUUAUCUGCCAAAUACGAUUAUGACUUUGACAUUAAUUGGUUCUGAAAACCUUGAUCUUGAUGUUUGUGAGUUUUUCGAUAAUAUAUACUGGCCGUGUGGAACUAGACGCGCGCAGCAGUGGAAGCAUUUGAAGGUAUAUUACAUAUCUCGGCUUCUUUUCUGAGGGAUCUAAGUCAAGAGUUGAAUUUCUACAUGUUCCUCCUGUAAUGUUUUAUAUAUAGUUGCAUUUCAAGAAAAUAUAUGCUAACAAAUAUUAGAGGUGUUUGCAGUUCUAGAUUUGUGUAAUAUUAUAGGCUUUUAUUGGAUUUGGAUGUGAGUUUUCUUGUAAGAAGAAUUCCUAGAAAACA